AUGGAAGUCGCUCUCACGUUCGGCAGUCUGGGCGAUAUCAUCGCCAUUUGCCAGGUUGCCGUCCAGCUGAGACGUGCCAUCGGUGUUGGAAGCGAGGUCGUUGGCGAGAGCGCCAAAGAAUACCAGGAUUUCCGUGAGGACCUGGAUACCUUUGUCUGCAUCCUGAUGCAGAUUGUGGCGACGUACCAGCAGCACGAAUUUUCGUCCUCUUCUAGUUCUUCGAUCACGUUAGUGUUGAAGGAGAAGUGCCUUGGCACUGUGACGGGAAAGCCUUACAUCCUGUCCUCCAGGGGCGGCCGGGAUAAUUCAGUCGAGGGAAGGAAUAACGGCAUUACCCACGCUUUCGUCGUCGAGUUUGCCAACAAGGAAGAUCGCGACUACUACACAUUCAAGGAGCCAGCGCACCUCGAGUUCAUUGCAAGCUUGGAUGGAAUCGCGUCCCAGGUUACGGUAAUAGACUUCUCAGACAACCAAUUUUAA